AUGUAUUACAUUUUAUUUUGUGUUUUAAUCCUUAUUAAUAUGCUUUUUUUUGGUGUUAUUAAUAUUUCAUUAUUUAAAUAUUUUUGCGAUUUACCAUCGUUUGAUAAUUUAAACGCGGUAGCAGAAAUAAAUAUUUCUCCAUUUAUGUGUAUUUCUAAUUGUAUAGGUGUUUAUUCUUAUUUAUAUAAUAAUAUAUAUACAUGUUUUUUGUUUAUGGAUAUAGUUGAUUAUUUUAUAUCAUUUCAUAAUUACAUGAAAAUUUAUUUUUUUUUUUUUUCUAAUGAAAAAAGAUUUGAUAGUCAGUUGGUUUUUUCGAACGCAGGAUAUAUUGAAGUUUUUUUUCAGACUAGUAGUAGUAAUUUUAAUUUUGUUGAGUUUUGUAGUUUACAGCGUUUUAUAUAUACUGUACCCAAUGAAACACAUUUAAUUUUUUUUCGUAUGUACAAUAGUGUAAUGUUUGAGGUAUGCGGCGUGAGCAUAUAUUUAAUAUAUCCAGCUGAUUUUUCCACUUUUUUUAAUAAAAUACAAUGUUUUUGUUUUGAGGAAUUGCUAUUGUAUCCAUAUGAGACAAUUGAUUUACCUGUUGUUUUUUAUAUAUCGAAUGAAGCUUUUAAUUUUGUAGAUUUUUACUAUUCUAAUAAAUUAUAUUUAUCUUAUCUAUUACUUAUUAAAUGA